CCUCGCUCCAUAAGGUUUGUGCCGUGCAGAAUCUGAUGGGAACAUACCAAAUUGCGCGUCGUGCUGCCUCUUCCGUGCGCAAAAUCAUGUGGUUAUUCCCGUCUGUCUGUUCGGCCGCUGUUAAUCACAGACCUCCCGAGACAGCAAGACCCUUACGAUGCUCGAAUCACCUACGGUCCGAGUCCAUGCACAGAUCGCAAGCAAUAUGUAUUGUGGGCGCGUUGGGCGCAGUGUUCGUAUUAAGGGUCACAAACUGGACCCUCUCAUCUUCUGGAAUGUUUCUCAUAUGAAGUAACCCUGCCAGAUCCAUGAACACAGACCGGGCCGUGAACAGGAACUCUGAAGGAUGCCCAUGAAAAAACCCAAUUCCUGGUACC